UGCCUCUCUCUCCAGUCUUGUGUAUUAUUGUAGAGAGCAUUGAACGCUUGGAUUGCUGGGAAGAAAGGAUAAAGGGAUUCAGUCUGUGGAGCCAUGAAGCAGACUCCUCUUACAUCUUCACAGCCCCCCUUGUAGACCAAGCUUUUGUCGUAAUGAUCUUGGGUCUUCAUCGGCACCAAGAACAUGGAUGACAAGUCCAACAAGCUGCUCCUGGCCCUGGUCAUAGUCUUUCUGUUUGCUGUGAUCGUCUUGCAGUAUGUUUGCCCAGGCACUGAAUGCCAGCAGCUCAGGCUGCAAGCUUUCAGCUCAUCAUUGGUGGACCCCUACUGGGCUGAAGAUGAGAGCCCUGCCAAAUUUGUGCCCAAAUUCAAUUUCACCGUGGACGACCUGCUGAGGAAGGUGGACUUUAACAUCAACGGGGACGAUCUCAUUGUGUUCUUACACAUCCAGAAGACCGGUGGCACCACGUUUGGUCGCCACCUGGUCAGGAACAUACGUCUGGAGCAACCUUGCGAGUGUAAGGCUGGCCAGAAGAAGUGCACUUGCCAUAGACCAGGCAAGAAAGAGACCUGGUUGUUCUCCAGAUUCUCUACUGGAUGGAGCUGUGGGCUGCAUGCAGACUGGACAGAACUGACCAACUGUGUCCCUGCAGUGGUGGACAACAAGAAGGAGAUCAAGACGAGACCUCUGAGGAACUUUUACUACAUAACUAUCCUGCGCGAUCCUGUUUCCCGAUACCUAAGUGAGUGGAGACAUGUCCAGAGAGGAGCUACUUGGAAGGCUUCUCUACAUGUAUGUGAUGGAAGAUCCCCGACAUCUGCUGAGCUGCCCAGCUGUUAUACUGGUGACGACUGGUCAGGCUGCUCCCUGAAGGAGUUCAUGGAUUGCCCUUACAACUUGGCCAAUAACAGACAAGUUCGCAUGUUGUCUGAUCUGAGUUUGGUGGGAUGCUAUAACCUAUCUGUCAUGCAUGAGGAUCAACGGAACAAGGUUCUUCUUGACAGCGCCAAGGAAAACCUUAAGCGUAUGGCUUUCUUUGGUCUUACAGAGUUCCAGAGGAAGACACAGUACCUCUUUGAAAAGACCUUCAACAUGAACUUUAUUUCUCCUUUCACUCAGUUCAACAGCACGAGAGCUUCAAGCGUCGAAAUAGACGAUCAGACGCAAAAGCGCAUAGAGACCUUGAAUUUUCUAGAUAUGGAAUUAUAUGAAUAUGCAAAAGACCUUUUCUUACAAAGAUACCAAUUUAUGAGACAGAAAGAACACCAGGAAGCUCGGCGGAAACGCCAGGAGCAACGUAAAAUCUUACGGGCCAAACAUGCUAACCAUAAAAUGGAGAUGGACAACUCCUCCUCUGAUUACAUAGGAAAUGUGGAAAAAUGGCGGUAGUAGGUUUUACAGUCUUAGAUAACUAGCUGAACUGCACAAUAUCAUAAUAGGAAAAUAAGUAAAAAUAACAAAAACAAAAAAAAUUAGGGGAAGAUUUAUUCCAAAAGAUUUCAAGCUUCGUAUAUCCUUGAAGCCAACAAUGUUUAUCAGUUGCCUUUGCAGAUGCCUUUGCAUUCAUUGUAAUAAUUGUACAUGAGGAUAGAUUAAUCUUGAUGUGUCCUAAUGGCGCCUGGUUAUAAAGUCAAUGAGCACCCGCCACUUUUUUUUUUAGACCAGUUAUCAAAGAAAUAAGGGUUACAGUUGGCAUUCCGAAUGCCGUUGACUGUCUUGGUGUAGAAAAUCAGUACUUAUUUCCAGCAAUGUAUGUACUGUAUGUCUGAAAACGUUACAUCUAUCCAGGAAUUUUUUUACUAUAUGUUGCAAACUUUUUGGGAAAUAUAUGUAUAAUAAUAUAUUAGUAAUUUAUGUUUUCAUGCAAUGGUAUAAUGUACAGAAUUAUCUACAACCCCAACCAAAAUUACCUACAAUCCCUCAACCACCGUAUAGGCUCAAAGCCCAACAAAUCUUAUUUUUCUUUCUGGUUCAUCAUAGGAAAUCCAUACAUAGGUGACUCUGUAGGAUAAUCAACAGUACUUGUAGGUUCCGACAAAAUAAUUAAUAUUUCAAUAGUAUGGUUACUAUGUGUCAGUGAAGACAUUGAUGGCUGGCAGUGCUGUGCCCGGAUAAGCAGUGGGUCCCAGAUUAUGGAUUUAUGGAUGGCUGAAUAUUA